AUGAUCGAAAGGUUGAUUUUGUUUAACUUUCAAAGUGACAAGAACACGAAGCAUACACGAGUGAGAAACAUGCUUCUGAGGAGAGCCGCCGCAGCUUUGCCAGCUCGCAAGACUCCGUUGCAUUGUUACCGUCGGUUGGGGGGCUCCUAUCGCGCUCUCUCAGGCUCGCUACUACUCCGCGAUGAGGAAAAGCGCCUUCCGCACCGCGUGCAAGACGAACGUGAUGAGGCCAAGGCAGACACAGAUCUCGCAGCUGAUGGCGAUAGCGCUGCCACAAAACCUUGGUACCUCAACAUAGUUGAGAGGCCAGCACAAAAUAUGCCAUUGCAUCAACAAGAAAUUGUUUUCCCCGCUAACUCGCCCAAGUCCCUGGAAACCAUCGCAACAUUUCUUCGCGACAAAUUAGGGCUGUCAGAUGUCCUCAUCUUUGACCUCCGAGACUCUCAGGAUGAGCAGGUGACUGCCGCUUCCAAGAUUAGUGACUUCAUGGUGAUGGCGACUGCCAAGUCUGGGCGACAUGGCCAUAAGAGCUUCAUAGAGCUCAACACGCUUCUUAAGCAGGAAUUCAAAACUGUUGGCCAGGUGGAGGGCAACAUUAGUGCGAACGAGCUGCGCAGACGCCAGAAGAGACUUGCAAGACAUACCAACUUGAGCAAAUCCAUGGGCUCCCGCACUGCCACGACCAGGAGUGGGUCUAAUUUAGAGUCUUGGUACAUGAUUGACUGCCGCCUCGACAACAUAUUUGUUAACAUCCUUACUGAAAACAAAAGACAGGACUUGAAUCUAGAAGAGCUCUACGCUCCCCCAGACCAAAAACACCUAUACCGCCGCGAAGCGCCUGCUGAAGACGUGGCGCCCAAGGAAGGUGAUGACAAUGUUUUGGCGGGCCUUAAAAGGCUCGCUGCGCGAAACCAAAGGCGGUAUUUCACCACAGUACCGGCGAGAGUGCAGAUAAUUGAUGCACUAUCGAGGCAAGAUUUUGAUCUCGUGCUUAAUGUUGUAUCAGCGUCCAAAAUGGACUCUCUCGACAUUCUGAAAGCAGCGAACCAAACAUUGAGGUCUAUGCCUUAUGGAGUCAAAAUCGAGGGCGAAAGUUGGAUAACUUUUCUUGACGAGGUGUGGCCAUUAGCACCUUAUUCCCAAGAUUUCUGGUCCACCAGACUAGAACUGUUCAAGCUGCUCAACUGCGCUGCUCCGGGCCAGGUAAAUGUUGACAGAGUUUUUACCGGGUACCUUAAAUUCAAGUUGGCGUCUGGUGAAAGCUUAACGAAGUCCGAUCUAGUUGAAUUUUUACAGCUUGUCGAGACCAACCUGUCCGAGAACUCGCACGUCGACUAUGAGGAUUUGGUAGCUAAAAACAAAUGUGUUUUGGAAGCACUCAAGCUUUACAAGGGACUAGACCCGCGGUUGAUACUUGAUAGUGAAGUGAUGUGUCUACUUCUGAGCACUUUGUCUAUAACCCAGAGCGGAAGCACUAGCACUCUUCGGGCGUUUUAUGAGAUGGUCGAAUUUGCGAGUAGGGAGUUCUCGCAAGAGCCCCCAGUUCCUGUCACUGCCACAGUGCUGAGAAUACUCGCGGACAAGCAAGAUUACGCAAGAAUCCUGAGGUUCUGGGAAAAGAGCAUUGCUUCGUCUCCAGAAAAAGACCACAGGCCAUGGCCGCUGUUUCUAGAUACAGUGGCUUCGACUGGUGACCAGGAGUUUGCCAAGAAGGUCAUUCGCGAUGGCCACUUGCUCUGGAUCAAGCGCAAUGGCGUUAAAGCCAGCCCUGAGCUCAGAGAAGCCAUAGAAAGGCUAUUUGCCGUAGCAGACCCAGCCGAAGUCGCAUUUAAGGACGUGAAAGAAUUCCUUACCGUGGAAUGA